UUUAUUUGUGUCCGAAAAGUAAUAUUGUGAUUAAGAAAAGAGAAUAAAUAGGCAAUGAGGCGAGUAGCGGGAAAUGGGGAAUUAAUGUGCACCUACAGUUUUUUGAGGACCGACUCUGUCUAACGUAUCUCUCGCCUCCCUCCCGCCCGCUGGUGCUGUAUAUACAAACGAUACUUCAUCUCCAACAAACCGUCCCUUCCCUUCCUCUUGCCCCGCCCCCUCUCCCGACGUUGGGGCUCCUAACUCCUAACUCUACAAAUUACUAUAUAUCCAAUUUUGGUUUUCGAAUUUUGAUUUUGAUUGAUUAGGAAAUUAAAUUAAACCCACUUUAUAUAGCAAAGAACAACACUAUGGAUUCCUCCUUUCUCUCAAUGGUUGCAACCUUACAUUCAUCGGCGACUUCCUCCUCCUCGUCGCUGCUGGAUUUCGACAUGGACUCCUCCUCCUCCAUCUGCAUUUCUCCGCCGCCUCAUGAUCUGCCGUCCUUCAGAAACCUCAAUUCUGUUUCUCCUCCGCCGCCUAACGAUUCGCACUCCCUCAAUUAUUACUACGCCGCCAUCAGGAAGCAGCAGCAACAGCAGCAGCAGCUCAACGCCGAGGCUCCCGCAUUCAUCCCUCGGAGCUCCUCCUCUCCGUCUCUCACUACCUUUCACGCCGCCGCCGCGGCGGCGGCGGCGGCGGUGCCGCCCAAGUCGGCGUCGCACAGGCGGACGCCGUCUGCGUCUUCCGCCACGGUCCCUCACCAUGCGAAAACAACGGUGAUGCACGUGUAUACUACCCCUGACGGGACCACAUACCACCAUAUCACCACCCACGUCCCUAAUAAUGUCCAGGCCAAUAAUUAUCCCAGCUUGCCCCAGCAACCCGUUCAGAAUCAUCGACAGUUGCUUAGAAGUGUGUCCGGAGGGAUCCUUGAGAAGACGAUGGGGCACAAGGUUGCUGCUGGGACUGCCGCUGCUUCUCCCCAGCCUCUUUCGGACUCGGAUCAAGGGUGGAAGAAAUUAUCUGACGAAGCGUGUAAUAAGAUUGUUAAUCAGGUGGAGUUUUACUUUAGCGAUUUAAAUCUGGCAACUACUGAUCAUUUAAUUAGAAUUAUGAGCAAGGAUCCUGAAGGAUAUGUACCAAUGUCUGUUGUUGCAUCCUUCAAGAAGAUUAAAGCUCUAGUUAGUAGUCAUGCACAGCUUGCUAAAAUUCUUCGGAGCUCUACAAAGCUGGUAGUUAGUGAAGAUGGAAAAAAGGUGAAACGUCAGAUUCGUCUGACUGAAACAGACAUGGAAGAGCUGCAAUCGCGUAUAGUCAUUGCUGAAAAUCUGCCCCACGACCACUGCCACCAGAACCUCAUGAAGAUUUUUUCAGCAGUUGGAAGUGUGAAGAUGAUUCGUACUUGUCAGCCUCAGACAUCCAGUGGUGGGGCGUCAUCUGGAACUAGAACAGCAAAGUCAGAUAGCACGGUUUUCAGCAACAAGUUGCACGCAUUUGUUGAAUAUGAAACCAUUGAGUUGGCUGAGAAAGCGAUUGCUGAGCUAAAUGAUAGGAAUGAUUGGAGGAAUGGUCUCAAAGUUCGUCCACUGCUUAAACGCACUGCAAAGUCUUCUACACCACGAGCACUGAAAGCUGGUCAUGAAAGUGAGGCAACCUUCAAGGAAGAUGAUAUGUUUGGCCAUAAGCAUCAAAUCUCAUCAGAACAUUCUGAAUCUCAAUCCAGUGAGCUUGUGGGAGAGGAAGAAGGUGAAAAGGAGGGAGUGUGGAGAGCACAUAAUCGUGGUCGGGGCAAGGGACAGGCAGUUGGGCGUCCCCAGUUUGGAGUGAAUAACCAGCGCGGUCCAAUGUGUGAGCAGCUCCAGAUGGUAUCUGGUAGGCAAGCUUCUGUGCCUCGCAUGCCGGAUGGUACAAGGGGAUUCUCAAUGGGUCGAGGAAAGGCAAUAGCUAUUAAAAGCGUUUGAUUGUCCGUAAUUUUGCUGCUGCAUCAAUGUCUGGGUUCAUUUUUGUGGUGGUGGCUGUAUGUAUAAUUGUAUAUCCAAUCCAAUCCAAAUCUUAUAGCAGUUUUGAGGAAAGUUGAGCCGCCAGUGGGAAUGUGGAAGGAAGUGAUGGAUGUGUUUUUGUUUUGUUUGUUUUCCUCUGUAACACAACUGGGGAUUUAACCUACAGAAAUACGCGUAUAGUAUGUAUGUUGGAUCAUAACAGUAUAUAAUGAGAAAGAAAUGGAUUCAAGAUUUGUUAA